AUGGAAGCGAUCUUUCGUUACUUUGUAGCGCUGACUCUGAUAGUUCAUGCACUGGGGCACGGUAGAUUGAUUGAUCCUGCGAGCCGAAACGCCGCCUGGCGGUACGGUUUUGACACACCUACUCAGGUCACGGAUAACGAACUCAAUUGUGGCGGUUUCAGCACGCAGUGGGAUAAAAACGGUGGGAAGUGUGGCGUUUGCGGUGACCCAUAUCAUUUUAAAGAGGGCGAGGCUAUGUACACACACCCUGGGAAAUACGCCACAGGUACCAUUACCAAGACUUACAGAGAAGGCCAGGAGAUUGAAGUCAAAGUGGACGUUACCUCUAACCACCAGGGAACUUUUACAUUCAGUGUGGGCCCGAUCGGAACACCACCUAUUACCCAACAAAAGCUGGCACACGUUUUAAAGACAUGGAAGAUCAAUUCGAAUAAAAAUGAGGUGUUUGCGAUCAAGAUGAAGCUUCCGAAGGGGCUGACAUGUGAUCACUGCGUGAUACAGUGGUGGUGGCGCGUGGCAAACAGCUGGGGAUGCGAUGGUCCGAAUGACUGUGGCAUGGGCAAAGGAGAACAGGAAACAUUUGUCCACUGCGCAGACAUCAAGAUCAUCAAUAGCGAUGGAAACGUUCCAACGAAUCUCCCAACAGACGCCCCGCCUCCUACUACCCGAGCCCCAACACAGCUGCCUACACCACCACCGACCAAUGCUCCCCAGCCUGGGGGAUGUGUUGCUAUAGGAGCUCACGCUGGUAGCGCCUCCAAGGAUAACUGGUGCAAAACAAAUUGCGCCGUAGGUUAUUGCCCUUCUAAUAUGUGUUCCUGUCCUUAG